UCGCGAUUAGUUCGCUCGGACGAGUCGAGCGGUGCGAACGUCGCGACAAUAGUUUCUCCGCACGGAAAAAUUGUGUCGCGUGUGCCCCCGUGUACUUUAAUACGAUAUGGAUUAUGUGCAUGCCCCUUUGUGAAUAUUUUGUGUUUUACUGCAGCGCCCCUGGACCACCCUUUUAGCUGACUUCCAUAUUGUAAGUUGGAGCAAUCGUUAUCCUGGUCGUAACCAUGGAGGCGUUGCAACCUGUGUCCGUCCCGUGGCUAUCCACUUUAGUUCUUCUCUGCUCUUUCUUUUCAACACACACCCUUGACACGAAGAUACACGAGCACAUGACAGCCGACGAGCUCCGAAGCCUCUUCCACGUGGAACAUCAAAGCCUGGUACCAUCCUACCACCUCGUCCACUUACACCACUUAACCAGGCGUUACAUCCCACACCUAAACGCCCACACAUCAUCUAAGAAGAUCCCCCACGAAAAGUCUAAUACGAACGACAAAAUGUAUGCCAAAACAAGAGAUGCUAUCAAAGAGGAGAUUGGUGAUUUAAAUGAUACAGUGAGUGUAGAGUUUGACGCGAGUGACAGUGAUAGUGAUGUGCACAAAAUUGAAUUGGAGGCGUUCGGGAAGACGUUGAACCUCGUGUUGAGGAAGCAGGAGGGUUUGCUGAAGAAGGACGGGUUACGGAUGUGGAAGGCGCUGACGAAUGAGUCACAGCCCCAUGGUGUGGACUAUGAGGAGAUGGUUACGGAAGGCGAAGAAGACCUGGGUGAAUUGUAUCAUGAUGACGAGAACGGAGCUGCUUUGUUGAUCAGACGACACCCGAAGCAUGGAAAACUCGUUGUGGAAGGCUCCAUCGGUCACGACCUGUUGAUCAGGCCUAUCCCUGAUUCUAUAACAGCACCAGACGACGAAUUGUUCCUGGACCCGAGUAGCAUGGCUGAUAUGGUUUCCAUUGACACAGGAUUGCCCUUAGUUAAGAGAAAUAAGAGCGCCCAAGAAGAAUUGCAAAAGAAGCUUCAAGGGGCUCAGCAUGUCAUCAUCAAGCGAGAUCCUGAGACAGGAGACCAUGAAAGUGAUUAUGCUUUCAUGGAGCCAGAUCACCUCAGUAAAAGGUUUAGGCGGCGACGCUCCACAGACUCUCACAGCCGGCGGAAACGGGAAGCGCCUUACGUCAUCUACCCGGAAAUACUCGUUAUUGUCGACUAUGACGGAUACAGGUUGCACGGUGGAGACAAUCUACAAAUUAAACGAUACUUCGUGUCAUUUUGGAAUGGAGUCGAUCUUCGGUACAAACUGCUUAAAGGUCCCAGGAUACGAAUCUCAAUUGCUGGUAUUAUUAUUUCUCGGGGUCGAGAUGCGACGCCGUAUCUCGAAAGAAAUCGAGUUGGUCGUGACGCAAUUGACUCUGCCGCUGCGUUGACAGAUAUGGGCAAGUAUCUGUUCAGGGAGAGACGACUGCCAGUAUACGAUAUUGCAGUUGCCAUCACAAAACUAGACAUGUGCAGGAGACAAUACGCGAACGAUGCGUGCAAUAGAGGGACAGCAGGUUUUGCGUACGUCGGCGGCGCAUGCGUCGUCAACAAGAGAUUGGAAAAAGUGAAUUCGGUUGCUAUAAUCGAGGACACUGGUGGUUUUUCUGGUAUCAUUGUCGCUGCUCAUGAAGUUGGACACUUAUUGGGCGCAGUCCACGAUGGAAGUCCACCGCCAUCAUACCUAGGAGGUCCUGGUGCUGAGAAGUGCAGAUGGGAAGACGGAUUUAUCAUGUCAGACCUUCGUCAUACAGAGAAAGGCUUCCGGUGGUCUCCUUGCAGUGUGCAGAGCUUCCAUCAUUUUUUGAAUGGAGACACGGCAACGUGUUUAUACAACUCACCUCAUGAAGACGAUUCUCUACCGAGGGUACUUCCUGGGCGACUACUCACACUAGACGCACAAUGUAGGAAAGAUCGGGGCACCAGUGCGUGUUUCAAAGAUGAGCGGGUAUGUGCACAAUUGUUCUGUUUCGACGCGGCAAGUGGAUACUGCGUGGCUUACAGACCCGCUGCUGAAGGGUCCCCAUGUGGAGACGGACAGUACUGUAUAAACGGACGGUGUAUCACCGAGAACGAGAAUAUAAUCCCGGAUUACUCCCAACACACGCCGAGUUACGUCCGACCUGAGACCAGCCCCUUCUACGGAAACAUUACAAGUAGCGAAGAUACAACACAGCCAUACGUACCCAGUACAGAACCACCCCCCCAACAAAACUAUUACAAAUCGCCAGAAACAACAACAGAAAACCCAUACCACUACUACACGCAAGAACCUAAACGCGUAGAGAAAAGUACAGAAGCAACAAAAUUCCCACCAUCACUGAACCUAUACUCCGUAUCGACCACACGAAGUCCAUACGAUUUCCAAGAUUUCUAUUCGAGAACCACGGCAGAACCCAAACGGGGCUUCUUCAGCAAGGGUGACCUUGAGAGCUACUUCUCUCGGACGACGAAGAGCCCCUACCAGGACAAGGGUGUCCAAUCUGUCUUCAAAUUUGGGACGUAUUAUUCCCAAAAAUCCUCGGAUAACUCCAUAAGACCAGAUGCUAACUCGCAGCAAGUACAAAUUGAGCCAGCGAGAUUAGUUUACUCGUAUCAGAGGAAUUUGACGGAUCAUGUGUAAUGUGGCCGCCAUUAGCAAAUCGAGCGGGAAACAUAACUGAAGACUGCUAGCUGGAUGACAGAAGAAAUGGCGCUAAAACGCCUUGUCUAUGACAAUCCAGCCCUUAUAUUUGCAGAUUGUGACGUGUUCGCAUAUUAAACUUGAAUAUUACCCGAUAAAUAUUAAAUAGG